AUGAAGCUUACGACUGCCCUCACUACGCUUGCUGCCGCCACUCUGGUGAGCUCCACGUCUCUAUUCGGCGAGUCACAGAACGUUAUCGCGACCGACGACGACAAGCUCUCAGUGCCCGGAAAGAAUCCUCUGAACUACUGUGCCGACCCAAAAGACUACAUCCUCACCAUUGAUCAUGUCGAUCUAGAUCCCAAUCCCCCGAAGCCCGGCGAGAAGCUUACCAUCUCCGCCAAUGGUACCCUCUCCGAGCAGAUUGAGCCAGGCGCCACCGUCUUCCUACAGGUUAAGUACGGCCUGAUCACUUUGAUCAAGCAGGAGGCGGAUCUCUGCGACAACCUCCCCAAGAUCGAUAUAGAAUGUCCUCUUAAGAAGGGACCUAUGACAAUCCUCAAGGAAGUCGAUAUUCCCAAGCAAGUGCCUCCUGGGAAGUACAGCGUACUUGCCGAUGUCAACACGGUCGACAAGGAGAAGAUUACAUGUCUGGAGAGCACUGUCUUCUUCUCAAAGAGCUGA